CGGGGCGGUUUCCGCCCCGACGUCUUGGAUCUGAGGUGGAAAGCGGAGGCCUCGGCCCUUUUCUCUGCCCUUGACAGCCCUUCGCGUCACCAUGGCUGCCCUGGCGGCUCUGCGCGGCGGCGUCCGCCGGUCUCUGCUUCGCGGGCUGCUGCAGGAAGGAAGAUGCCUGGAGCGAAGUUAUGCAUCCAAACCCACUUUGAAUGAAGUGGUUAUAGUAAGUGCUAUAAGAACUCCUAUUGGAUCCUUCCUGGGCAGCCUUGCCUCUCAGCCAGCCACUAAGCUUGGUUCUAUUGCAAUUCAGGGAGCUAUUGAAAAGGCAGGAAUUCCCAAAGAAGAAGUGAAGGAAGUCUACAUGGGCAAUGUCAUCCAAGGGGGUGAAGGGCAGGCCCCCACAAGGCAAGCGGCAUUGGGUGCAGGUUUACCCAUUUCCACUCCAUGCACCACGGUAAACAAGGUCUGCGCGUCAGGAAUGAAAGCCAUCAUGAUGGCCUCCCAAAAUCUUAUGUGCGGACAUCAGGAUGUGAUGGUGGCAGGUGGGAUGGAGAGCAUGUCAAAUGUCCCAUAUGUGAUGAGCAGAGGAGCAACACCAUAUGGCGGGGUAAAACUGGAAGACCUGAUUGUGAAAGAUGGGCUAACUGAUGUCUACAAUAAAAUUCAUAUGGGUAACUGUGCUGAGAACACUGCGAAGAAGCUGAACAUUGCACGAGGCGAACAGGAUACUUACGCCAUCAGCUCUUACACCAGGAGUAAAGAAGCCUGGGAUGCAGGGAAGUUUGGAAAUGAAAUCACUCCUGUCACGGUCUCAAUAAAAGGUAAACCAGAUGUGGUGGUGAAAGAAGAUGAAGAGUACAAGCGUGUUGACUUCAGUAAAGUGCCCAAGCUGAAGACUGUGUUCCAGAAAGAAAAUGGCACAGUAACAGCUGCCAAUGCCAGCACACUGAACGACGGAGCAGCUGCUGUGGUUCUCAUGACUGCAGAGGCCGCCAAGAGGCUCAAUGUGAAGCCACUAGCACGAAUCGCGGCAUUUGCUGAUGCUGCUGUAGAUCCUAUUGAUUUUCCAGUUGCGCCUGCAUAUGCUGUACCUAAGGUUCUUAAAUAUGCAGGAUUGAAAAAGGAAGACAUUGCCAUGUGGGAAGUAAAUGAAGCAUUCAGUGUGGUUGUACUGGCCAACAUUAAAAUGCUGGAGAUUGAUCCUCAAAAAGUGAAUAUCCAUGGAGGAGCUGUUUCUCUGGGCCAUCCAAUCGGGAUGUCUGGAGCCCGGAUUGUUGUUCACUUGGCUCAUGCCUUGAAGAAAGGAGAAUUUGGUCUGGCCAGUAUUUGCAAUGGAGGAGGAGGUGCUUCUGCUGUGCUGAUUGAGAAGCUGUAGACAGACAGCCUGUUUUAGGAGACAGUUCGAUGUGAUCAGAAACCCUGCUCAAGUGAACUUGACUCUCUUGGGCCAGCUUAUAUUCAACAUAAGUUUUUCAUUUUUUAUUAUUUUCUAUUAAAUUUUUUAAAAAAAAAUAAUCAUUAUAUCCAAAACCUAUUGAAAGUACAAAUAAAAAUUUCUUCUUUAA